GUCGUGUCGCUAUCAUCGUUCAGUUUUCUUCGCGCAAGUGUCAUAGCAACAGUUUGAUAUAAGUUCUGUUUCGUUCAUACAGUAGACUUCGCUCCAGUGGCGGAUAAAAUAUUAUUACAAGUAACAAGAGUGAACCAUCCCAAGAUGAAUAUUCUCUUCGCCUUGACGCUCGUCUGCAUGAUCGUGGGUGGCAAUGGUGCUCGGAUAUUGGGAGUGUUCCCGUUCCCAGCGAAGAGUCACUAUAACGUAUACGAGCCGUUGCUGAAGGGUUUGGCGAGAAAGGGCCACGAGGUCGUCGCCGUCUCUUAUUUUCCGCAGAAGGUGCCUCUGCCGAACUUCACCGACGUGGACAUCGGCUCUAUCAUGCCAGACGGGACAAACACGCUGUCCUUCGACAAAUUUGGCGACAGAAAGUCAACGGUGUACGACGUCAAAUUAUUUAUUCAAUUCUGCGGCCUGAUCAUUUGCGAGCCGACGUUUCAGCAUCCUAAAAUUCAGAGCAUCCUCAAGUCCAAGGAGAAGUUCGACGUGUUCAUCGUCGAGAUGUUCGCCAGUGAUUGUUUCUUAGGCAUCGGCCACGUCUUGGGCAUACCUAUCACCGUUGCCAUGAUCAGCAGCGUCACUCUACCUUGGGCCAACGACAUGAUCGGGAACCCUGACAAUCCCAGUUAUAUUCCGAAUUUCUUCAGCGGUCUGUCUGAUCGGAUGAAUCUCUUCCAGAGGAUGGACAACCUGUGGCACUACGUUUAUUCCAAGAUCCAUUACAGAUAUAACUCCGACGUUCCCGCGUACGAAAUAGCAAAGAAGUACCUCGGCAAAGACCUGCCGGACUUCGAUACCUUGCGAUCACGAGUGUCCUUGGUCCUGGCGAACAGUCAUCCGGCUGUCAGCACGCCCCGAGCCCAGACUUACGCGUUCAAGGAGCUCGGUGGUAUUCACAUUCCUCCGGAGGGACCACCGCCGUUGCCAAAAGACCUCAAGGAUUACCUGGACUCCCAUGGCAGAGAUGGCGUUAUUUACUUUAGCCUCGGGUCGCAACUGAACUCGUCCACGAUGUCGGAGCAAGCGGUCGCCGCCUUUUACAAAGCAUUCGAACAACUACCGCAGCAAAUACUCUGGAAAUGCAGCAAAGAGAAAAUGCCGAAGCUGCCCAGGAACGUUAAGUGCAUCGAAUGGGCGCCCCAACUCUCCAUACUCUGUCACCCGAACGUGCGGCUGUUUAUCACACACUCUGGACUGCUUGGGUCCCAAGAGGCGGUUUAUUGCGGAGUUCCAAUUCUUGGGAUGCCCUUAUUCGGCGACCAGCACUUGAACAUGGCCUACUUCGUGAAAAAAGGUCUGGGUUUGCAGCUGAAUUACGGUGAACUCUCAUACGAAGCGGUAUUGGCCGCUCUGAACGAGCUGCUCCUGAACGAGAGCUAUGCAGAAGUAGCAAAGAAACUAUCCCUGCAGUUCAAAGAUCGUCCAAUGCCACCUGUAGACGAAGGUGUCUACUGGAUAGAGUAUCUAACACGCCACGGAGCUGAUUCCUUGAAAACAGAGGCGUCCAACCUAUCGUGGUACCAGUAUCUACUGCUCGAUGUUAAUUUUAUUAUAGCGUGCGCAACAGUUGCGGUUCUGACAGCUGUUCGGGCUGUAAUAAGGACGACAUGUUUCCAACAGUUCUUGAUGUAUGGCAUUUAUAUUAUUUUAUGUGCAGCAACUGUGAUAGUAAAACUAGUUAGGAUCGUUUACGAAUUAUCUAAAAACUUGUUCGUAUCUGUAAACGAUCGUGCGAAUGCUAGGGUAGCAAGAGAAAAGUUGAAAAAGUAAUUGCGAAUUUGUUAAAAACUAUAUUUUAAUUGUACGACGAUGUUCAUUUUGUUUACUGAUCAUUUUCACCAGUUUGCCGUGAGAAAUAAUUUAAUACUGUAAAAUUCAAGUUUGCGUAACUUGGACUUGGGUGUGUGUCAUCUAUAUUUAGCAUAGUACACUUUAUACAUUUAUAGUGAGAUUCUCUAUACUCAAACGAAGACUGCGAGACGUCGCUGAGAACUAUUAUAAUUUGCAAUCAUUUUAUACUAUCAUCGCGUGAAUUUAGUAAAUUACUGACAACUUAAGUUUCACAAAUGGCUUAUGUUAUUAGCUUUAUUACUAUUGUAUAAUUUUAUUAGAUCGUUAUUAUUAUAUAACUAUGUCCUGAGAGGCGAUUUGUAGGUCAACAUUUCGUUAAUUUAACGUCGUUAAUAUUUUGUACUACGUUUCAUUGUUAUGAUCAAUGAAGCGAACGAACAUCUGAACGAAAAUAACCAAUUCGAGAUUACUAUAGUUCUUGUGACAUUAAGAAUUUUUAUCUCAUGAAAUCUGUAUUAAUAUAGACUUUUAUACAUUUUUGUUUCAUAAAAUCUGUGUCAAUACGAA